CCCGUAUGUAACUGCUAUAAAUCGACUCCUCUACAACACGAGGCAGAAGGACCGCAGCCGUGAUCGUCUUCACUUCUGUCCUCGCUCUUACUCAUUCACACCUUCACUCACACUCUAAGCCGGUACUCGACGUAUAUAUACUCCAUAACGCUUGUCUUUAGGAAAGAAAGCCUCCCUGUUGUUUUUCUCUUUGGGUCAUUUACAAGCAAACAUUUAGCCGUAGUUGUAUAGUAGCCUUAGCCAUUUUUUUUUUUUUUUUUUUACACUUCUAUAUUAGUCUCCCACUGCCUUCCUGUUGUCAUCUAUUGCGUUGAUCGUCUUUAUAGAAAGACGGAAAAGAAGCGAAGCCGUGGCGUACUACAGAUUUAUUUUCAGAGAUAUUUAUAAUUACUGAAAGUUUUUCUUUGUCUUGUCACAUUAAAGGGUGGGGGAAAAAAUGGCUGACUUCCACUGAACGCCAUUUUAUGUUUCUUUCCCGCCCUUCACUGACAAAACGAUUUAUACUUUCGCUUCAUCCUUAGUAGUAGUCUUUAUUUAUUUGUUUAUAAGCAACAGCAAUAUGAAGCUUUCUGAUUUCUCGGACAUUCAACCAACAUAAUUGAUACCUGAGGCGGCUUAUAAGAUAGAUAGGGGGGGACCGAAACGGAACUUGAUUUUUUUUUCUUACAUAAUUUUUUUCUUGUCCUUCCAUAACGGAAGUAGUCCAACUUGGCAUUUUUUUCACGACUUCCGGUAGUCGGGGUGUGUGUUUGUGAUAUUUAUAUUUCCUUUAAUUUUUUUUUUUUUAAUAUUUCGAUGGACGGCCAUCCUGCAUUUAUGCAAAUCAAAGACAUAAGACCUGGUCUGAAGAGUCUUAAUGUUGCUUUUAUUGUUCUGGAAAUAGGUAAACCUACUCGAACCAAAGAUGGACAUGAUGUGCGGUCGUGUAAAGUGGCCGAUAAAUCCGGUUCGGUCAACGUGUCCGUGUGGGACGAAGCAGGCUGUUUGCUACAAACCGGAGACAUCUGUAAGCUGACGAAAGGUUAUUCCUCACUUUGGAAAGGAUGUUUGACACUGUAUACUGGCAAGAAUGGUGAAAUCACCAAAAUGGGAGAAUUCACGAUGCAGUUUAUUGAGACACCAAACAUGAGUGAAGCCAAUUUAGAUUUCAAGCAGGAUGUCCCUGGUCAGCGGAAGUCUCCUCCAUCAGAACAACCAGACAAUGGAAACUCCUCUCAGUCAAUGAUAAUGAACCAAGGCCCACCUGUACCGAACAAUGCCAUUAUGGCCAGACCCCCGAUGCCAGUUCCUAUGGGCGUCCCUCCUGGUGUUCCUACAGGUAAUGGUCAAGUCGGUCCCAGUGGUUUCAACAACCGAAUGCCCAGGCCAAACCUACCGAGAGGAGUAGGGGUUGGUGGAGGCGGCGGUGGUGGAGGAGCUGCAAUGAAUGGACGUGGAAGAGGCAACCGCAGAUAACCAGUUGAAAGAGCCUUCAGCAACAAAAGGGGAGGUAUCUCAUCUGGUUUGUCCUCUACCAACUUCUCAAACAUUACAGACUCUUAACCACCUUCCCCACUCCCCAAACAACAACUUCAGUUCUUGAUUUUUUUUUGUUUUCUUCUCUAUCCCCUCCCCCAGAGGAACAAAGCAGUGACACAAUUUUAAUUAUUAAAAUAUCCAUAAACACACACACUGUGUGUGUGUAUGUGUUUUAAGGAGUUUGCUUCACAGCCAAUUGGUUCUAGGGUUCAGUCCCCACUGCAUGCUGCUGAGGCAAGUAAAUUCUUCCUUAGCCUUGCUUUGAUCAAAACCAUGGGAGCCGAGUUUGGGAGAUGGAAACUGUGCUGAAGCCUUCCAUCUGUGUGUUUUGUGUGUGUGUGCCUAAAGUUCAGUGUAGUCUGUUAAUCUCUUGUGACUUAGAGGUUUGACAAGUAGAGAUGGAAAAAUAAAAUGAUGUCAUGCUUGGUAGUUGACUAAUAUUUUGAGGAUGGUGCACCAGCAUGGCUACAACCCAGUGGCUGAAUCUACUAAAAAUGGAAUGUGUGCGCGUGUAUGCAUAUGCUUUUGUCUAUUAGUUAUAUAUACCCCAUAAAUACACACACACACACUCUCUCUCUCUAUCUGCUUUCAUAACUGAGAUCGUAUAAGUGUAUAGUUGGAAAAAAAAAAGUCCCAUUUGGUUUCAGCCCUGAGCCUUACUUUUGUUAGCUGAAUGGCCUACUGGUUGAGUAUUCCGGUUGUGUCCAUCCUUAAUGUGAAUCUUCAGACAGAAUCAGCAUGGAAAGGUGGGAUCCAGGUUUAUAUACUUUUUUGAAUAUGAAGUACAAUGCAGCCAAGGGCUUCUGCACAGUUUCCACUGAAUUUAAUUGAUCAGCCUUACUUUGGCCCAAGGGAGUGACAUAAGGCACAAUGCCAAAGACACCACAGUUGUAUUGAACCUGGAUCCUCAUGGUUGUAAAGUAAACUUCUCAAUCAUUACACAUACACACACACAUAUAAACACAUACACAUCUAUAUACUCUGCUCUCCUCUCCCAGGUUUGACCUCUCAACAUACUUCAUUAUCAUUUCAUUAUUUACAAUACAUUUUUCUUACAAAUUCU